AUGGGGAAAGCUACAAGGAUUACUCUUCUCUUAAUUUCACUUUUCUUGAAACAAACACUGUGCCAGGAUUUUGGAGAACAUUCGGCUGCGAGAACUGUUAAGCAAGAAGAAGAGCAUGUGCACGAAGUACAUUGCUCUAGAGAAAGAAGUAGGGCUGCCUGGCAAGCUAUAGAAGAGUAUUUGAUGCCGUUUGUGGAACGAGAGAAUUAUCAGAUUUCUAGUAAGUGUAGGCUUCAUCCAAGCAAUGAUCUGUUUAGGGAUCAAGAGCAACAUAAGGUUCAUGUAGACGUAAAUGAAUGGAAGUGCGGAUACUGUAGAAAAAGUUUCCGUGCCGAAAAGUUUCUCGAUCAGCAUUUUGACAACCGGCAUUACAAUCUUCUUAAUAUUAGUGAUGGCAAGUGCUUAGCUGAUUUAUGUGGAGCUUUGCAUUGUGAUUUCAUGAUGGAUUCCAAGUCGGCGAAGACCAAGUGCAAUCCUGCUGCUGUUGCAAAGAAUCGCCACCUUUGUGAGAGUCUUGCAGAUAGCUGCUUUCCUCUCAAUCAAAGCCCUUCAGCAAGUCACCUGCAUGAAUUGUUUUUGCACCAAUUUUGUGAUGCUCACACUUGCUCAGGGAAAAGAAAACUUUUUCCUAAGGGUGGCAAGAAGAAAACAAGGGUAUUCUACCUGGCUAUUUCAAUUCUGACUAUGAUGAUGAUCCCCCUAUUCUAUGUCAUUGUUUAUUUGCAUCAAAGUGAAAUGAGGAAGGGAACGCAAGAGCUGAGGAGAAUCUCAAAAGUUAGGCUCCUGGAAUCACUCUCUGUUGAAGAAAUGGAGGAUGAGGAUAGGAAGAUGAAUGAUUGUGAAGAUUUGUUGACUCUCCCUUUGAAGGGUCCUGUGUAA